AUGGCUACAAGUGCUGUUCCAAGUGAAAACCUUCCCACGUACAAGUUGGUGGUGGUCGGAGAUGGGGGUGUGGGGAAGAGUGCCCUCACCAUUCAGUUUUUCCAGAAGAUCUUUGUGCCAGACUAUGAUCCAACUAUUGAAGACUCUUACCUGAAGCAUACGGAGAUAGAUGGGCAGUGGGCCAUUCUAGAUGGUGAGCCACCUAUUUUGAAUUGAUGGGCUUUCAUCUGAUGCGGCUCAACUUUUGUGUGUGCAUAAAUUCCAUAUAUCUUAUUGAUUGCAUAUGUUAUAUCUCAGUGUAGAUAAAUGAGAUGCAAGAAUCAAGUGGAGCUAUUCCGAUUUGCCCUUUAUUCCAUGCAGAGUAUAUUUCUCAACCUGCCUUGGCAUUUCUUCUCCAAAUGAAAGUUAUUUUAAUGAUAAUGAUUUAAAUCACUGAAGUUUUGGUUUGGGAGAUCAUGGCCAGAACACACAGGCAUUUGGGUCUUUAAUGGAGUGUUUUGCCCUGGUAUUCAAAAAUAUGUUUAUCUUGCUAGGCAGCGUGCUACAGAGAAAAUAUAAAAACCACUGAGAGAGAGAGAAAACAAUACAACAGACAAAAAGGCACCAGACAGAAGUCAAGCCAAGAACACACACAAAAAGAAUGAAACACUUGGAUAGAAGUAGAUUUUGCUAGAGACAAGUAUAAUGUGUAGUUAAACUGUUCAACUCACUGCCACAAGGUGCAGUGGUGGCCACCAACGUUGAUGACUUUAAAUAAGGAUUGGACAAAUUCAUGGAGGAGAAGGCUAUCAAUGGCUACUAGGCAUGAUGGCUAUGCUCUGCCUUCCUGGCUGGAAGCAAUGAAACUUCUGUGCUACACCCUUCCCUAGUUCAAAUAAAGAAACUCAGAAGUUCUCUCCUACCUGUUGUUCCAGGAGCGUAUUUCAGUACAUUAGCAUUGUACUGUAUUUCUCUCAGUACUGGCUCCAAGACUGAGCAGUGGUAUGAAGGUGAGAUUGAUGGUAUUUAUUUGUUUGCCAUGCUGAGUUUCUGGUUUUUCUUCAAGGACCUGAGAGGGGCAUAUAUGGGAUUCAAUUCUCACAACUAUGCUACGGAACAGGUGAGGCGAAGAGAGAAAGAGAGAAUGUGGCUUGAUCUAGGUUACUCCAUGAGCUUUGUGAAGUGAAGAUUUGAACCCACGUCUCCUCAAACACCCUCUUUAUUAAUCCAUUGCACCAGCCCUUCAAAGUGUUCCCAAAUUUACACAAACUGAAGCCAUUCCUGAAAUCGACUCAGCUACAGAUUCACAUUUUGCAUUGUUGUUGUCUUUGCUGUUUUUGCUUCAGAUGACAUGUGCACUUGAAAAGCACUCUUACAGGUCUGAAAAGAAAUCCGACCCCCUCUUGAACUUUUACUUUUACAAGAGAACAAUGUAGGAAAAUAAAGGUAACCAAGGCAGGCGCUAUUCAUAAACUUGUGAAUUAUUAUGCAAGGGAUGUUUUUUGAUAACCACUACCACUUUCUCUGCACGUAGCUAUUUUCAUCAUUUCUCUCCUGGGGCUGCUUGUCCAGUUGCUCACAAACUCGGUGCAUUUGUAUACAUGCAAUGUUUAUGAACACACGGCUGGAAUCCAAGAAUUAAUCUUGCUACACUAAAUUAAUUCCACCUUUGUUUUGAACAGUUUGGAUCAAACAACUUGUUUUAGACUCCUGUUUUCUCCCACUGCUGCUGCAACCACCCAACAUCUUCUAUUUGCUGCUGAAUCUGAUGCUUACAGAGUAUUAUUAUUUUUAUUAUUAUUAUUAUUAAAUUUGCUGGAGGCCAGUCUGGUGCUGGUGCUCCAAAUCUGAAGCCAAAGAAAAAUGCUUUAACAAGGCAGGCGAACAGAAGUCUCCUGAGCAUAUUGGCUCACAAGAACCUGAGCACCAGCCCCCCGCAGGCAACCUGUUCAUUGAGCCUCCAUCCUGAUUUGCUUGCACAAAGCUUAAACAGAAGUUAGGCUCCAGCCAGUCUUUAUUGAGCAUUCAUUGUGAUUUGUGUGCAAGGAUGUUAGAUGACAAUCAGCAUUCAUCCUGACUUGCUUGCAAGGUGUUUUAUAUGUCUUCCCAUUAAUCCUUCAUUUGUUCCACACUUUUCACUGUCCUAACUGCAAAAAGUUUUGGGUUUUUUUUUCUUUUUUUAAAAAGGGGGGGGCUGCAGGGUAGGAUUUGUUGCACCAGGGUGACAAAUCCAUUUUAUCAACUUCAACUGUGCAAGUCUAAAGUUGCAGCCUGUACUUGCAUCCCUCCUUCAAACUACCGACCAAGUGUAAGUGUACCUUGGUAAGGUAAAGGUAAAGGGACCCCGGACCAUUAGGUCCAGUUGUGACCGACUCUGGGGUUGCGGCACUCAUCUCGCUUUAUUGGCCAAGGGAGCCGGCGUACAGCUUUCAGGUCAUGUGGCCAGCAUGACUAAGCCGCUUCUGGCGAACCAGAGCAGGUAAAAAAAAUGGGAAGGAAGAGGUGUGGAUUUUAUUUUGUUUUAAAGGAUGCUUGGGAGCUACCUUCACAGUUUUGAUUUCUGGCUGGCAUUGUAAGCCUACUUGAUUGGAAACAAAUUCCAUCAAAAUCCCUGAGACGUGAGCAAAUCUGGUUAAGACAAGGCGCUAUGCCCACAACACCAUAGUCAUCCAGGAUAUUUAGAAUUACAAUCUUAUGCAUUUAUGCUCUGGUACUAACUGCACAAGUAUGUAUGCUUCUGUUGGCUCAGAAGUGAAUUCCACUUGGGUCAAUUUAGCCUUCCCCUAAACAAGUACGUGUAAGCUGGUUGCCUAAAUUCUUCCCAUAAGUUCUGUCAGCGUUUCUUGCUGUGUUUGUCUUGGCCCACCUCCAGAUGUGCUCUUGCUUCACACCAAGAUCACGCUGGUUCGUCUGCCUCGCUUCUGCAAAGAUCAUAAAAAACAGCUUGGGAAUAAUCUAACCAGAAGGUUAAAGGGCCGGCGAUCAUUCUGAAAGCAUUCAUGCUUGCAUAGUCGCUGUCACUGAGGUGCUGGUGCCUGGGUUUCUUGUUUUGUUUUAAAAUCUGACUUCUAAAUAAGCUAAACAGUUAGGGUUUUUGCCUCUAUUCUUCAGGCCCUUUUUGCACCAAGGUCAGUGAACAGGUUCCUAGUUCUGCCAUCUCUUCUUAGCACUCCAAAUCCAUGCUUCAUCAGAAGUGAAAUUAUUUCUUCCCUUACAGAGGAGAGGGAUAGUUUUGAAUCCUGAUGUUUGCUUUUUUUGUAUUAGAAUCAAUCCCUCCCCUCUCCCCAAAAUUAGAUCCCUUUCUCUCUUUCUUUGAAGGGGAAAAAGCGUUGGCUGUUUCACACCACCCUCACUGGUUGUAAAUCUUCUAAGGAUUUCUCGUAUCAUGUGGUAUGCCAUCACAUCAUGGCAAAUGCAGAAUCAGAGCAACAGAUUACAAAUUAGCAUAGCAGCGAUUCAGAGGUGUUGUAUGCUACUCUGAUAUUUUAUGAUACAGAAAUUGCAAAGCCUUCCAAAUUGGUUUUUUGUGUGUGAGCGUAUUCCAUAACAUGUCUUUGACACAACAAAAGUGCAUUAGUGAUGGAUUUACACUGGACCGGCCACAGAUCAUUUUGCUCUAUUAUUUGUUCUAAGAUGCUUCCCCAACGCUGUGUCAUUAUUGGUGUCUUGAGGGACGAAAAGUAAACCAAGACACUUGUGGUACAAAAAAAAUUGUGGGAUUUCAGGAGGAUAUUAUGGGAUAUACACUAAUUAGAAAUGGAACAGUAUUUCCACUUUGAAAUUUUGUAGCCACAAAAAGUAUUGAAAGCAAGAACAUAUAUAACCACCCCAAUACCAUCACAAGCACAAAUCAUCACGAAUGCACAAUAGAAAUCAUAUCUGAGGGGCUCUAAAUAGAUAGUGUAAGUGUAUACCUUACAUAUUGCUUUUUUAAUUUUUAAUGGGGGGGAGCUAAGAUCUAGGGGCCUGAAUCUGCCUUUACAUUUCACCAAGCAGUGGAUACAGUGGACCAGAUUCAACUAAGUAGUUGUCCUGGCAGAAGCAAGCACAAUGAGUUCUGCUAGCGCAUCAGGACUUUUCCCGCUCUUCCCCUCAUCCUCCCCAAAUCCUAUUGGGAGAAUUGGGAAAACUCCCAGAACAGUGUACAGUGGGAGGAGAAGGGAGGUCAUUCUGUCAAGCAGAAAUGCUUGCACUGACAGAACAAUCACCUUAGCAUAACAUGUUGAACUGUAUAUCUAGUGAGCAGAGGGCUUUCCAUAUUUUUCACUCCAUAAGACGCACUUUUUCCCUCCUAAAAAGUAAGAGGGAAUGUUUGUGUGUCUUAUGGAGCGAAUGCAGGCUGCGCAGCUAUCGCUGAAGCCAGAACAGUAAGAGGGAGAGCUGCCCAGCAAUCCCUCUUGCUGUUCUGGCUUCAGCGAUAGCUGCGCAAAGCCUCUUCAGCGAAGUGGGAGCAUUCCUCCUCCCGCUUUGCUGAAGAGGCUUUGCACUGCUCUGCUGAACCCAGCACAGCAAGAGGGAGAGCUGCGCAGAACCUCUUGUUAUGAUGCCUUAGCCUGAUCAUCCCUCCUCCUUCCUCUUCAACAACAUUUGAUUCAGAAUAUUUUUUGGUCGGGUGCGUCUUAUAGAGCGAAAAAUACGGCGACUUUGAAAAACAGAGGUGUAAACUUGCCUGGAGGCCACAGUCUUUGACCUGGAGCCUCUGUGCUCCCUAAUCCCAAAUAUAUAGAGGCUGGCUGUGGCUCCAUAGUUUGUGGUGGGGGGAAAUGCAUUCUGUGCAUGCUCUGAGGCAUAAGAACCUCUUUAAGGUUACCAGAUCUUUUUCAGUGAAUCUGGGGACACUUUUCAACUUCAAUGGAUUUUGUAUGGGGACUGGUUCGUAAAUCCGGGGACCGUCCCCAGGAAACGGGGACGUCUGGUAACCUUACUUUAGAUAUUAAGGAGAAAAUGUGGUACACCCUUAAGUGUUGAGAUUCCUGCAAUGCAGGGGGUUGGACUAGAUGACCCUCACAGUCCCUGCUAGCUCUGCAGUAAUAUGAUUCUAACUGUUCCAUUUGAAGCUUCAGGGGGCAGGUCAAGUGCUUCCAUGUCAAAAUCUCCCUGCAUAUGCAAAGCAUUUCAGGAUAAAGGCCAAGCUUGGUGCCUUCUCUGGUGUGCUAGCUUUCUAAGUACAGUGGUACCUCAGGUUAAGUACUUAAUUCGUUCCGGAGGUCUGUACUUAACCUGAAACUGUUCUGAACCUGAAGCACCACUUUAGCUAAUGGGGCCUGCCACUGCCACUGCACAAUUUCUGUUCUCAUCCUGAAGCAAAGUUCUUAACCUGAAGCACUAUUUCUGGGUUAGCGGAGUCUGUAACCUGAAGCGUAUGUAACCUGAAGCGUAUGUAACCCGAGGUACCACUGUAACCCGCUAGCUUGACAUGAGGCAGUUUCAAACAACUCCACUUGUAUGCAUUCAGAGAUUGUCAUUGUUCCAUGAGAAGACUGUACCACGUGCCAUCCCUCGGCACUUAAAUCCACUCACAAGGUCUGCCGGAGAAACAAGGGCACGAUAUUAAAAGAAAGCAAUUAUAGCAUAAUUCCUUCUUCUUCUUUUUCUUCCUGGGCUUUUGGUUUGCUUUUGCUUAAUGGCUUUAGAACAGUCAUUCAGGAGUAGCCUUGAGGUCAUGCCUUUCUCCGUCUGGCAACAAAGAGUUAUGGAAAAUAACUUUUAUAAGAAGGAAAGAAUGUUCUCAACCAUUCCCCCCCCCCCAAAGGGUGCCUCAGAAUUGGACCCACGCAGACUGCAAAUAUAUGGAGCAGGGUUCGCCUUCCCUCCUCCUAGCCAAGGAGAGAAGCUAAUGUUUCAGAAGGGGCAGGUUAAAGAAUACAAAGACGUUAUAAUCGUAACAGCAACAUUUAUUUCACCAAGCGUACACCAAGCAUACAGUGGGACUGAUGUUUUAAAAAGCAACAACAACCACAGGCCCGUUGGGUUCUCUAGACCAGUAUCCUGUUUCUAACAGUGAGUAGCUAAAUACUUCUAUAAGAACAUGAAAGAGCCAAACCUCUGUUGGUUGCCGGGAUGGAGGUAGAUAGAAGUGGCCUCUGCUCUGCUCUUCACUACAGGUGCUUGAGCAUAGUUUAUUUUUCAGAAAUAUACUAGUGCAUCUGCCAAAAGUGUACCAUGUGAAGCUGCCCUGGGCUUGGUCUCUAUGGAUUAUUCCGUGGUCCAGGGACUCCUUUGCUGCCUAUGUGUUUAACAAAAUGCAGUUACACAACAUACGAUGUGACAAAAUGCCCUGUCUAGCUUGGUCCUCAAAUGCUGGGGUUUGAGUUUUAAUAUAUACAGUCGUAUCUUGGUGGUCGAACGCCCUGGAACUCGGACAUUUUGGCUUCCGAACGCCGCAAACCCAGAAGUGAUUGUUCCGGUUUGCAAACGUUCUUUGGGAACCCAAAUGUCUGACGGUGCUUCUGCAGCUUCUGAUUGGCUGCAGGAGCUUCCCGCAACCAAUCAGAAGCUGUGGUUUGGUUUUCAAAUGUUUUGGAAGUAGAACGGAUUUCUGGAACGGAUUCCGUUCAACUUCCAAGGUACGGCUGUACAUCCGCAAUGCAAAGGGAGAAGAAGAUUGUCAGAGGGGAAUCUUACUGUUGCAAGGCUCAAUCCCCCUUUCAGUCUAGUUCUUGGGUUACAAUGGGGUGUUCAUCAAUGCUAAAACUAAUAAUCUGGGAGACUUCAGCUGUCAUCCUAAGCACAUCUGCCACCCUCUUUGCGUGUGACUUCACACAUGCACUGAACACAUGUAGGGGAGUGCUGUACCCCACUGCCCUGGCUGCACCCUCCCAACAUCCAAAUGUUGAGCUGGGCAUAGCCAUAAGGAGCACCUACAUGCAUGCACCCUUAAACUCUUUUUACCUUUCUUGGUCAGUGUGCAGAUGUAGGUAGGGCUGGAGGUGGGGCAGGGUUAGCUAUGCACAGCCUCACCUUCCUCCAGCAUAGACCUGGCAACGUGUACAAAGGAGGCUUAGCUCUCAAGCAGAUAUGUUUAGGGCAGGAGAGUCAGGACGGACACACAAUUUGGGUGCAGGCCAACUGACCAUCUUCUACUUUCUCUAUUCCCUUGCCAUUCCUAGUUCUGGACACGGCAGGCCAAGAAGAAUUCAGCGCAAUGAGGGAGCAGUACAUGAGGACGGGGGAUGGAUUCCUCAUAGUCUACUCAGUCACAGAUAAAGCCAGCUUCGAGCAUGUGGACAGGUUCCACCAGCUCAUUCUCCGAGUCAAAGACAGGUGAGUGCAUUUGAGCUGCGAGUACUCUGAACUCCCAUGGAUUCUUUUGAGGAGUAAAAAUGCCGGAGCCCUCCCUCGAGAGACUGGACUUUUUUGUUUGACUCUUGACUGAGUGGACAUUGAAUUGAUUUGCAUCCUUAUCUCCUACAUUUUUUAUGACUUUAUAUUUUUAUGACCCAUCCUUUAACCCAUUAGUUAUAUUUAAAAUAUCUGCAUGCUGCCCUAUGGAGAUUUUUUAAUGAACAGCAUUGGUGUUUCUGAUGUGGCCAUUCAAAACCAGAUUCUCUCUAGCCCGGGUCUCUUGUAACAAUAAGAUGUCAUACCCAGUUAUAAAAUCUUUGAAAGUGACAUCCUCAGUUUUAUGCUGCCAGCCUGUGUGUAAAGUAUGCUUGUUUACAUGUUACAUUGAACACAAGUACAUUUGGGGAUGCGACAGAGAUGCUGGAGGGAGCAAGGGAGAGAAAUGUUCCCUUCAGUGAGUUCCCUGAAGUUGCCUUCGAAUCCAAAUUCCCCAGUCUCCCAGCAGGCACAUGCCUCAUCCCACAUUGUUCAGGAGUGCCUACUCACCCUCCAGAUAAGCUUUUGGGGGGUUACAGGUGACUGCAAGUGCAGGGAGGAAGAAUGGAAACUAUUUCCUCCUUGAAUGUAAAUUGCCGUCCCAGCAUCCAGUCCACUGACGUUGUCUUAUUUUCUGUGGAUUGUUUUUAUGUGUACCGCUUAGAAAUUUGAAUAGUUAAGCAGUAUAUAAACAUCAUCAAUAAAUAACAUUUAUAACCGAGUAGUCAGUCCAUACAUUCAGCUCCUAGUUGCUGACAAUGACCAAGAAGAGAAAUUAAGCAGUGUCCUUGCAUGUGUGAACCAGGCCAAAGCUCAGAUUUCUAGACUGGUUUUAGGUGUCCACUGCAAGUACAUUUGCUAUUAACAUUUGCUAUUUAAUGCACAAGCAAAAGAUAAGAAAAGCCUUGGUAGAUCACUACGGCAUUCAUUCAUGAUUUGAUCAAGCUCUGUUCUUCAAUUAAGCAGCAAGUGCUUUGGUUCGUGGUUUCUGUCUUCUUCAGAUACUAGAAAUAAUGUGACACCCAAGAAGCAGGGAGUUUUUGUACUGAUGUUCUCUCUUUAUUUGCUUCUUCCAGGGAAUCUUUUCCAAUGAUCCUGGUGGCCAACAAAGUAGACUUAAUGCAUUUGCGAAAAAUCACCCGGGAGCAAGGAAAGGAGAUGGCAGCAAAGCACAAUGUAAGUAUUUUGGUUUCUUUCCAUGAUGUUUUCUUUGACCGUUCAAUGACCUGUAAGAGCCUAUGGCCUAUUGGAAGUACAUAGGAUGCUAGGUCUGUUCUUCCAUCAGCAAAAAAACCACUAUAUUUUGUAUGACUAGGUUGUCUGUUUGCAUGCACAUGUGCCCAUUUGUACACCUAACCCACCAAGUAUAUGUCUUUUCUGGAAUAUAUGAAUAUAUUUAUUUCAGAAAUUUCUGUGGUGCCUUCACCAAAAAUUUCCACAAGAUGGCUUUAAAAAAAUAAGGUACAGUGGUACCUCGGGUUACAAACUCCUCAUGUUACAAACACUUCAGGUUACAGACUCUGCUAACCUGGAAGUAGUACCUCAGGUUAAGAACUUUACCUCAGGAUGAGAACAGAAAUCACAUGCCAGCAGCUUGACAGCAGCGGGAGGCCCCAUUAGCUAAAGUGGUACCUCAGGUUAAGAACGGUUUCAGGUUAAGAACGGACCUCCGGAACGAAUUAAGUUCAUAACCAGAGAUACCACUGUACUAUAAAGACAUUGUAUGUAUUCUAAAAAUAUACUAUCAUUGCUAGGGCUACAUCAGCAGCAAAUUUCUAUAUUUCAUAUGAAUGCUUUUGAAUAUCCCUUUUCCAUGGUCUUCUGUUCUGCUAUGUGCUACUGUAUUUUAUUUGAUUAUGUUGUGACCCACACUGGGAUGUUACAGAAUGAAGUGUGGUUUAAAAAUGAAGUAGUAAUAAUAAUAAUAAUAUGGAUCUCCUUGUAAGUACAUAUAUAUUUUGCAGACAGCCAUUCCUUCUCCCCAGGAAACUCUGGGAACUGUAAUUUUGAGAGGGGCGGCAAAGCUCUCUCCAAACUACCCAUUCCCAAGUUUCUUUACAUGAGACUAUGUCAGUUAAACUGGUAUAAAACUGAUGCAAGGUUAUAGUGCAACUAUGCCACUAGAGAGCACCUUUAUCAAGUUAUUUUCUGCCAUGGAAUAGUGUACAAAAUGUAGCAGAAGAAACCCUGGAACAUGUAACCCACCCUCUUCUUGUCCGCAUUAUCAAGUAUUAGUGUGACAAGCUCUAUCUGUGAACAGCUCUUUAAUCUUUCUGAGCUUUUAGUUAUUCAAACUGUCUUCAGGCAGAUUGGGGAAAUAAAAAUGAAACUCUAUAUUCGGUGCAAGCCACCUUCCUUCUUUGUUAUAAUGGAAUCCCUACUGUCCAAUCAAAUGUUUUCUUUCUCGUGAAUUAUUACAUAGAACCAUUUCCCCAAUAAUAUACAUUUUUAAGAGUUACUGGGCCUUUAUUUUCCAGAUUCCAUAUAUAGAAACCAGUGCAAAGGAUCCCCCAUUGAAUGUUGACAAAGCCUUCCAUGAUCUUGUUCGAGUAAUCAGGUGAGCCAUCAGCCUGUUGAGUUGGCCAAAUACUGACAUGGUUUGCAAGGGUUUAAUGAAUCUAUCAUCCACCUGCUAGAAGCAAGAGCUAGUUCAUAUCUCACUGCUAAAUGCCAGUUUUAAUAUAAUGCACUGUUUACAUAUAUAUAUUUCAGCACACAAAUGACCAUCUUGGUAGCACAAUACUUAUCCCAGAUCAGUUGUGGAACCAUUUGAUCUCUCUAUCACAGAUGGUCCACAUAAUCAACUCAAAUGGCCCUUGUGAGCUUGGUCAGCCUUGAGUUCUGAUGACAUGAUGUCAUCUAAGCUCAACAUGCCCCUUCCAGCUCAGGCCAUUGUAUCACCUGAUCCUUGAAGGUUAAUGCCUUCUGAGAUGGUUUACGGUGGUGACUUUCAAACUUGCUUCUUUUUGAAAACUGGGGGGGAGUGGGGGAAAUUACCUGCUAGGUAAUUUGGGGGCAGGUCCUAAGAUCCAUGCUCAGUGUUCAUUGGGUAUCAUCCAAUCGUCUUAAGCCUCCAAUCAAACUUACAGUGCUCCUGGAACAUUCUUCUACAGCUGUACCCUGAUCAGUAAUGGUGGGCAAGGUGCCUUUCAAGGAAGAGGACUCUCUUAUGCUGAAACCCUAGAGAAGUUUCAAAUAAGCUCCAGGUUUUCUCAGAACCCUUCUUAGAACCACUAGCUCAGGGUAAUUGUCCAUUUCUAAGACGAGAGGUGCUUAGCUCCAAUCUAGCCUGAAAGCUGUUGGACUGGGUGGGGGUGCUUAGCUGGGGGAACGAGAAACCAGCUUGGUAGUACAGCCCCAGAGAAGGUUCUCUGGAAUAGAAGAGACUCCUCAGAACUGGAAAUACCUGCUUUAAGCCAUUGAAUCUCAUGUGCAACAGUGGCCCAAUGUAACAUGAACCCAUAUUCUGCCACAUGCAAAAUUAGGAAAAGUCCAGUUGGCUUUUAUGUAAACAAAAGUCUAAAAUAUGGGCUUAAUGUGCCUCUCCUCUCAACUUUGCCACUUAGCUUGGAAGUUUUCAUUACUCUUACUUGUAUUACAGUGUCUGGUUUUCCUCUAUAUCUUAUUUUGGCCAAAGUCCAAAAGCACUGGAUGUCUUUGUCCAUUUAUUUAGCUGCCGAGUUGUUUUACUCGCCCAUUGAGUGGAAAAAGCACUGCCAGUUCAAGUUGAGAACCCACUGUGGUGGAAUGGAUGAACCAUCAAUCUCUCCUGUCUAAACUGGGAUUAUAUUUCCAGUUCGGCUGCAGAUUUUCUUCAAGGGGGUUUGUUUGCUGAAUUUCUACACAACCUGCCUACUAAAGCUGCAAUACUAUAAUGCUUACCUGGGUAUAAGCCCACUGAACUCAGUGACAACUCUGAACUGGCAUGUCUAUGAAUCUGCUGAAAAAUAACUCCACCUGGAAAAUGUGCUUCCAUGGAAAUGGUCAGUUUUACAAGAUUUCAUGUACAAGAGAGUUGGAAAACAUGUUGUGUGAUGCCUCUCUCCUCCCCCUGCCUCAACUGAGCUGAGGAUACAGGCCUGCAGAAACGCUACCAUUAUCAUGGCCAUUUUCCCAAGCAGUGCAGAGAAAAGGAGGAAUACGUGGCGCUUCCUUCUUCCUUGCAGUCAUAUCUUUUGCUGAUUUAUGCCUGUUUCUCAGGAAAGCAGGUGCCACUACCCACUCAUCCCAGAUCAUCUCCUUUGGCAGCAGAAAUAGGGAGUGGGUGGUGGUGAGAAGUCGCUUUGGGAGGACAGAUGCAAGCUGGAAUUGUGCCAUCUUGUUUUCAAACCAUUUUCCUCAUUAGUAAAACUGGCACUGAGAAGACUCCCUCAGAGCUGAGCUGGUGCAGCCCCCGUCAUUUAAAUCUUGCAUCAAGGACAGGUGCCCGCAUGACACUGUGGCAAAUUGGGCAACAUCUGGUUCUGCCCAAAGAAUCUUCAUCAUAAGGAUGGCGAAGCAUCUGGUUGCUCUGGUUUUCCAUUUGCUAAUUGCCUUCUAGGGGUCAGCAAACUUUUUCAGCAGGGGGCCAGUCCACUGUCCCUAAGACCUUGUGGGGGGCUGGACUAUUUUUUGGGGGGAGAAUGAACGAAUUACUAUGCACACCAGGCAGGCCCCCCAAAUAACCCACAGAUGCAUUUUAAAAGGAUAUAUUCCACGCAAGAGCACCAGGUAGGACAGGCAGUAUUGUAGAUGAUAAAAAUUAAAAUUAUUGGUUUUUUCUUACCUGCACUGAUGAUAGUCAUUGUUUGGAUGGGGGGUCCUCGCCUGGGUUUGUUGCUGCAUUGUGGCUUGCUGGGCCUCCUGCUGCCGGCACCUCUUCCGCACUUUGGGGGUGGGAUGGGGGCCCUCCCGCCAGCAGCGGAGGCCGAAUUGCAGCAGCCGCAGCAGCAGCGGGGAGAGCACUGGACUGCCCACAGGAGCACCAGGGUGGCGGCGGGAAGAUGAGCGGCGUGAAAGGAGAGGGGCUGCUUAAAAUGGUGCCCAGCCAGCUCAACCCAGCUCCCUUCCUCCUCUAGGCAGGGCAGGGAGAAGCCAGGAGGAGGGAGGGAGGAGGCACCACCGUGGUGUGUGAGAGGGAGGGGGGAAAUGGUGCAGUGGGGGAAAUGGCGCAGCCCAAACAGAAUCCCCACGGACAGUCCGCAAGCCGGAUCCUGAAGGCAAUUGGGCCUGAUCCGGUCCUCGGGCCUUAGUUUGCCAACUCCUGUUAUAGGGCAUCUCUGCUGUUGAAGUUGAUCUGGUAGAGAAUGGAUCCAUGAUGCAUUUUCAUGAGGAUCUUUGAAAAAAAUGGCAAACUGCUGAAGAAAUUAAGAUUGAAUUUAAGACUGGAAUAAUGGUAAACCAAGAGAGACCGAAAUGGACAGAUUCAUCCAUUCCUAACUUGUGAGUGACAGUGCCAGAUUUACAUUCAUAUAGUAAACCAUACCUGAAGCAAGCAUCGCUUUUGAUCCCCUUGCAUGAAAAUACCUGUGACAGUUCUGCCCCAUUUUGCCACAAUUAUGUGUCUCUUUCUGUGUCUGAUACAGAACUGAAAGCCUUCCUGUUUUACCAUUCCACCUUUGUAUUUUUACAGGUAGAAUCCCCACCACUUAACCCUUAUACAACGAUGGUACCUGCUUACCUUAUUCCUUUGAAUUCUGCUGCCAUCAUGAAAUAAAUUCUAAAUACUCCCCUGUUCACAUAUCACUGCACACCCACACACAGUAGCUGGGUCUAGGCACAGGACUGAGGCCACUUCCAGAGGACCUGCUUAUUGAGUGAUCAGCUUGAUUUGCUAGCAGGGAGAUUAGGUGACAUUGCAUCAAAGCAAGUAUUAUCCCACACUUUCCACUGCAUUUCCCCGACACUUUCUUUAUUGCCAAAAGUCUGACAUUCUGGGGAAGCAGGCUUGUUGCACAAGACUUCAGUCAACUGUAAUUUUGCAACAGGAAUUUCUGCUAUGUGCUUGAAUCCUAACCAAAAUUAGUAACAGUCUGGAAGCACCCUAACAGGCUGGGAGACUUAGAAUCAUAGAAGUUUAGAGUUGGAAGGGACUCAAGGGUCAUCUAGUCCAACCCCCUGCAAUGCAGGAAUCUCAACUAAAGCAUUAAUGACAGGUGGCCAUCCAACCUCUGCUUAAAAACCUCCAAGGAAGGAGAGUCCACCACCUCUCGUGGGAGUCUGUUCCACUGCUGAACAGCUUUUACUGUCAGAAAGUUUUUUCAAAUGUUUAGUCUGAAUCUCAUUUCUUGCACUUGAAGCCAUUGGUUUGAGUUCUACCCUCCAGAAUUUUAAAUUUUAAUUUAAAAUUCAAACAAUUUAUUAAAACUUGUUUAGAAUGUCAUAUAACAGGCUUGUCUGAAAGUUAGAUGUUUAACGAUACUUUGAAAUUAUCUUCAAAAUGAUAGUUACUUCUAAAGAAAUCUAUUUCUUUGUCCUUUGUCCUUUUUUUUUUUUAACUAACACCCCUUUUGUUCACAGGCUUUCCAGAGGGCUUUAACCUAAAAGUCUUCCUUCUGGUUAGGGUUCUCUUAUCUCCACACACACACACACACACACACACACACACACCAAACUCACAAGACACAGUUACUAAAGAGGUAACUAUGUGUCAGACAGUUUCUUUGCACACUGGCAACUCAAAACCCCCAAACAUUUUAUUUCUCAGGCCUUGAGAGUAAACUGCAAUUCUUUUCUUCUCAUGCAGUUAACCAGUUACAAGCCAAACCAUUUUUAUAGCAGCACAACAUUAACUUGCUUAACUUGGGCAUCAUAAGGGCUGCGUACACACUAUUCAAAGCACAUAUCCUCCCCGCCUCGAAGAAUUAUUGUCAAUGUGGUUUGUGAAUGGUUGCUAGGAGUUGCAACUCAGUAAACUACAGGGCCCAUAAUUCGAGGGGGGGCGGAAUGUGCUUCAAAUGAGCUUUAAAGGUAUAGUGUAUAUACAGCCAAUGUUUCUGCAAAAAAGGACUGGGAGCCUCCCAGCCCAUAUGUGAAUGACGUCAUGCGGAUGCAUGGAAUCAGAAUGUUGGUGACCAUUAAUUCCAUUCUGCACUGAAAAUAAAAUGCUAUAAAUAUUAUCUUCCUCAUUUUCAUUGCGACUCAUAAGAAAUUCUGCACAUUCAAUUGGAAUUUCAUAGGGAUGAUGUGGCACCUGUCACUAACAUGCUCUGCCGUGUCCUUAAAGACAGGUAGCUGAUUUUAUCCAGUGAGGAGGAAAAACGUUGACAAAGAAGUAAGUUCCAUUAGGCCCAAUAGGACAUGCUUCCUUAUAAGUAUGUUUUAAAUAGAAAGAUCUGUUGCAAGCUUAGGUAAUAAGGAGAGCUGCUGUUCUUUGUUUAUUUCUUUGCUUUCUGUGAAGCAAUGCUGAUUUGUAAGCCUCUCUCUUUCUUUGAAUAUCCCUUUGAAUAUUUUUUUUCUGUUGAGCUUUUUUUAGGGAGAAAGGGGGACAGCCACUCACCAAUAGAUCGCUGGGGAAACAAACAGCCUCGCUGAGUAAACUCCGUCUUCAGUUCUGCAGAAUUCUAUUUUACACUAAGGAAAGGGACCCAGCGAUCGACCACGACCAACCAAAACCUCCCGGGGAUCUACCAGUAGAUCGUGAUCGACCUGUUGGGCAUCCCUGCAUUAAUCCAUCUCAAAAUGGAUUUCUGUGCUGCCUUCCCAUCUUCAUUAACUGUAGGCCUUUAACUGGAAUGGGACAUCUGGCAUUUGUAUAUGUCCAUUAUGCCACACUGACCCAUUCAGCCAGGAAAGAUAACCCAGCCUUGCCUUGCAGUUGUGUUCUCUAGGAAGCUCUGCUAGAAUGGAGGCUUUAUAUGCCUGCCAGCCCCAGUUUUGCACAGAGGAGGCAGCAUAGACUCUGCUUCUCCAGCAUACAAGCUUUUCAGUCAUUGCAAGACUCUUCCGGCUUUUCCUGGCUUGCAGAGAAGGGAUGUGAGAUAGAAGGAGGAUUCAGUGGAAGGGAAAAGCUUGAGAAAUGCUGCUGCUCUUGGUGUUACACCUAAACGACAUGACACACACUUCAGAACCAGAGCCACAGCCAUGCCACACCAUAGUGAUAUUUUGUUCUGCCCUUUCAACAAAAUUCUAUACAGAAAAUACUUACGUUGGCACCUUUCUGCAUUCACUGAUUUGUACCAAGUCCUAUGGGAGGAAAUGGCAAAGGUCUACCUUGAGCUGGAAAUGGAGGGGGCUAUAGAUCAGCGACAGAGGGCAUCCUUGGAAUGGGUGAAGCAAAGAAACCUGUAGCCCUCCAGAGGCUGUUGAACUUCCAUCAACUCCAGCCCAAUGUUCAAGGAUGAGGAGAGCAACAUUCAGUGGCCUGCAGGUUCCCCAUCCUGGGGCCAAAGUCUCUUGUUCUUGAGACUAGAGCUGGGUAGAGGAGCCCAUCUCUCAACUCACCACAUUAGAUGCUGUGGGCUUGCAGCCACUAGAUGAAACUACCAGCUCCUUUAUUAUAAGAACACACCUUUUCUAUGACAUGAAUUUUCUCGGCUGUCAAAGUUCAAGACUAGAGACAGAAAAUAGUUUUUGAGGGGAAUGAAAGUCGUGUGAGUGAGUUGCUGUUCUCCUUGGUUUCUUGCAUGUUUCUUACACCUCUGCUCACAACAGGUUUCGAAAGAAAAGCAGGAAGGGUGGGGCAGCAUAACUAUGGCAACCCCAUCACUCCUGACCCCAGCGGAGCUGCAGCUUACCUGAAUGGAGAGCUGCAGGCCACGAGUGCCAGAUUGGCUCUGUUGGUAUGUCCAUGCAGCCCCACCCAAACCACUGCUCUGCCCCCCCCCGAGUCCUGUUCAAGUAAGCUGUUGAGAGGGUAGCUCCUCCGUUGGACAUGAGUCACUAUUGCAGACAGGUCAUGUGCCUCUUUCUACCAACUUUAAAAUAAAAAUAAAAAUCCAAAGCCACUUCAGAAGGUUGUGAGAUCUAGUGGAGAAACAGUGAAGGGGAAGAAGGGAUUGAUCCACCAUCCUCUUCUUUUUUUCACUCUAGGAAAUCCAUCUCUGUUCCUUGGGAGAGGGAGAGUGAAAUAGCUGGGGUCAGAAGGUGGUGCUCAAAUACAAAGGAUUAAGCAGAUGCUAUGACCAUUUUUUCUUUUUCAAGAGACCAAGUGCACAGAGCAAGCCCUGCCCAUUUUUUACACUGAGCGAAUUUAGCCACAGCAAGGUCCCCAGUUCAGUCAGGCUCUAAUUAGAAGAGUACUUAGCAUAAUGAUUAAAAUCUGCUCUCCCUUCAGGGCACAACUCUGUACCAGCUGUUAGGGAGGGAAGUCUGCUUCGCUCCAAGGGCCUCAGAAUGCUGGAGACAGAGGAAAGAAUUCAGCAUCACACUCUUAUGAUCAUUCCAUCAGCUCAAGUAUUUCUGCUUGCCAGAUGGAAAGAUCUCCCCCGCUGUGCAGUUCUGGGGGGUUCUCCUUGUGGAGGUGGAAAAUAGAUCUGACCCACGUGUGGGUAAUUAACAAAAAGAAUCGGCUGGGCAUCUAGAUUCAAAACACAGGGCUUUGCACACUUUCCAGUGGGGGAGAGCCCCCAGCAUAGUUAAAAACACUGUUAGAAUUAACCCACAGCAUAGUGUGGAAUAUAGGUUGUCAAACCCUUUUGCAUAUCCCAUUUAGUCUUCCUUAAAAUGCUUGCCCCCUCUCUACGACUCUAGCAAUGAACACACCACACCCUGUUAAGUAAGUUUAAAAGCUUUACUUACUAAAUCCAAAAGUCUGAUUCAAGCAUUGUUCCAUGCUGCAGCGAGAAUAACACUGGUAGAUUGCUCUUGGGUCAAAAUACACAAUAUAGUUUCAAACAUGUGGUCUGAACUUUGAUUGAUUACAUGGCACAGAGAGAGAAAGAGAAUAAAGGAAAAGAAGCAGGUUUACUUCCUAGUUGUGUCCAGGAAGAGGCUUCUCUAUGUUAACCGCUUCAUGCACAAAAUAGCACUUACGCAUAGUUAUGUUUGACUGCAAUUACCCACACUCCUGACCCUCCAGAGUGGAUUUGGAGGAGGAGAAAAGUGCUAUUGGACUAGUGGGAGCCCUACUGUUUGCACACCCUGUUAAUUGACUCCAGCCCAGAAAGCUCAAGACCUAACUCAAUGUACACACACAUGCAGGUAUGCGUAGUGAAACCCUGUCAACCACUUUUUUUAAAGAGGGGGGAAGCUUCGGCUGUGACCACACCAUACAUCUAAAGUGCAUUCAGGGCACAUUCUGCCCCCUCAAACAAAGAAUCCCUGGAAGCUGUAGUUAACAUCUCACAGAACUCCAGUGCCCAGCAUCUUUAGCAAACUACCAUUCCCAGGAUUCUUAGGGUGGGGAGUUGGAAGUACUAUUUACAUAUGUGAUCUCUACCCUUCUUCAAGAGAGAUCAGGGAAGCAGGAGGGAUUUGUGAGUUGCUUAUCCUUUUCUACAUUCCCCACUUCUUCUUCUUAUCAUCAUCAUCAUCAUCAUCAUUAGGACCAAUGAGUCUUGGUCCUAAUGAACUGUAAACUCAAAGAAACUUACAAUUUACUGAUCUAUUCCAAUGGCGCAGAUCCAAACACAUGUUACUUUUUGGGAAAGAAAUCCUUAAUGUCCUGAAAGCCUGUUUCUUUUCUUUUCUGUUCAGGCAACAGGUCCCAGAGAAAAGUCAGAAGAAGAAGAGGAAGACCAAGUGGCGUGGGGACCGAGCACCCAGCUCCCACAAACUGCAGUGUGUGAUUUUGUGA